GCCGGCACGGACGGCGGCGGCGGCGGCGGAGACCUGAAGACUGCUCGCCUGUGGCGGGAGGCUGCCCUCCGAGCGCGCAAGCUGCGGGGCAACCUGCGGCAGCUGAGCCUGAGCGGAGCCGCGGCCGCAGCUUCCUCGGACCCGGGCACGGGCCCCCGGCCGCCCAGCCCCACGCCGGUCCAGCAGCCUCCGCCGCUCGUGCUGCCCCAGGACAUCGCCGAUGUGGAGGUGCUCAACUUGGGCAACAAUGCCCUGGACGAGUUGCCCGCCGGCCUGGCCACCGCCCUGGGCAGCCUGCCCCUCCUGCGGGGCCUGGUUCUGCGCCGGAACCGCCUGCCCAGGCUGCCCCCGCUGCUAAGCCAGCUGGGCGCCCGCCUCACCGAGCUGGACGUGAGCCACAACCGGCUGGGCGCUGUGGCCGCCGAGGUGCUGAGCGCCCUGCCCCAGCUACGCAAACUCAACCUCAGCCACAACCAGCUGGCCGACCUGCCUGCCCAGCUGGGCGCCCUGGGACACCUCGAGGAGCUGGACGUCAGCUUCAACAGACUCCCACAGCUGCCCGACGCCCUGGGCCGCCUGCGUGCCCUGCGCACGCUGGACCUGGACCAUAACCAGCUCACCGCUUUCCCCCCUCAGCUCCUGCAACUGGCCACCCUGGAGGAGCUGGACGUGUCCGGCAACAGGCUGCGAGGCCUGCCCGAGGAGAUUGGGGCCCUGCGAGCUCUCAAGAUCCUCUGGCUUAGUGGGGCUGAGCUCGGCACCCUGCCCUCUGGUUUCUGCCAACUAGCCAGUCUGGAGAGCCUGAUGCUGGACAGCAACGGGCUGCAGGCCCUGCCCGCCCAGUUCAGCCGUCUCCAGCAGCUGAGGAUGCUAAACCUCUCCUCCAACUGCUUCGAGGACUUCCCUGGGGCUCUGCUGCCUCUGGCCAGCCUGGAGGAACUCUACUUGAGCCGGAACCGGCUCACCGAGGUGCCGGCCCUCGUCUCCAGCCUGAGCAAGCUGCUCACACUCUGGCUGGACAACAACCGCAUCCGCUACCUGCCCGAUUCCAUCGUGGAGCUGACGGGCCUGGAAGAGCUGGUGCUCCAGGGGAACCAGAUUGCCGUUCUGCCGGAUAAUUUCGGGCAGCUCUCCCGUGUGGGGCUGUGGAAGGUCAAGGACAACCCGCUCAUCCAGCCACCCUAUGAGGUCUGCAUGAAGGGCAUCCCCUACAUCGCAGCCUACCAGAAGGAACUGGCCCACUCCCAGCCCGCCGUGCAGCCUCGACUCAAGCUGCUGCUGUUGGGCCGCAAGGCCUCGGGCAAGACCUCCUUGCGCAGGUGCCUCACAGAGGGAGACCAAGAGGAGGGGAUGAGGGCCGGGAGGAGCCGGGAGAAGGGCCACCCCGGCCUGGACGCCAGCCUUGGCCCAGCUUUGGGCUGUAACAGCAAGGGCAUCGAAGUGACCAGCUGGACUGCCGAUGCCGCCCGGGGCCUGCGCUUCAUCGUCUACGACUUGGCAGGGGACCAGAACUAUGAGGUCAUCCAGCCCUUCUUCCUCUCCCCGGGAGCCCUUUACGUCCUGGUGGUCAACCUGGCCACCUACGAGCCCUCCAGCUUCCCCUCUGCUGUGGGGUCCUUCCUGCAUUGCGUGGGGGCCCGGGUGCCACACGCCGUGGUCUGCAUCGUGGGCACCCACUCGGACCUGUGCGGGGAGCGGGAGCUGGAGGAAAAGUGCCUGGACAUUCACAGACAGAUUGCCCUGCAGGAGAAGCAGGACGCAGCCGGCCUGGGCCGCCUGGCCCGCGCAGUGGAUGAGGCGCUGGCCGGGGACUUCGAGCUGCGCUGUUCCAGCCCCCACGCGGCCUACUACGGGGUGUCCGACAAGAACCUGCGGCGGCGCAAGGCCCACCUGCAGUACCUGCUCAAGCACCGGCCGCAGAUCCUGUCCCCAGUGCUGCCUGUGAGCUGCAGGACCCCGGCGCAGCUGCAGAGGCUGCGCGCCAAGCUGUUGUCCGUAGCGGAGCACCGCGAGAUCUUCCCCAACCUGCACCGGGUGUUGCCGCGCUCCUGGCACGUCCUGGAGGAGCUGCACUUCCAGCGGCCGCAGGCCGAGCGCCUGUGGCUCAGCUGGUGGGACUCGGCGCGCCUGGGCCUGCAGGCCGGCCUGACGGAGGACCGGCUGCAGAGCGCCCUCUCCUACCUGCACGAGAGCGGCAAGCUGCUCUACUUCGAGGACAGCGCCGCCCUCAAGGAGCACGUCUUCCACAACCUGCCCCGCCUCAUCGACAUCCUCAACGUCUUCUUCCAGCGCGACUCGGGCCUGCUGCUGCGCAAGCUGCUGCUCGGGGCCCAGGGCGAGGCCAGCGAGGCUGACCUGGCCAGCGGCCAGGAUCCGCUGCGGGCAGCCCAGCUGCACCACUACGUGGAGGGCUUCCUCCUGCACGGCCUGCUGCCUGCCCACGUCAUCCGGCUGCUGCUGCGGCCCCACGUGCAGGCGCCCCAGGACCUGCAGCUGCUCCUGGAGCUGCUGGAGAAGAUGGGGCUCUGCUACUGCCUCAACAAGGCCAAGGGCAAGGCGCUGAAUGGGGCGGCCGCCUCCUGGUACAAGUUCCCCUGCUAUGUGCACCACGCUGAGGUGCCCCCAGCUGCCGAGGCCUGGCUCCACAAGCCAGGCUCUGGGGCGGCGGCGGAAGCGGCGGCGGCGGCCCUGGCCGGCCAGUCCUUCGUGGCCGAGCAGCUGCAGAUCCGCUACAGCUUCCCCGUGCUCUUUCCCCCGGGCCUGUUUGCCCGCUACAGCGUCCAGAUCAACCGGCACGUGGUGCAGCGCUCCGACGGCAACUUCCAGAUCUUCGCCUACCGAGGGAAGGUGCCGGUGGUGGUGAGCUACAGGCCCGGCCGCCGGGGCAGCGGUGCAGGCAGCCUCCAGCCCGACACCCUGUCCAUCGCCAGCCAUGCCUCCCUGCCCAACAUCUGGACCGCGUGGCAGGCCAUCACCCCGCUGCUCGAGGAGCUGGACGCCCUGCUUCAGGAGUGGCCCGGCCUCUGCUACACCGUGCACAUCCUCUGCUCCAAGUGCCUUAAGAGAGGCUCCCCCAACCCACACGCCUUCCCAGGGGAGUUGCUGAGUCAGCCCAGGCCAGAGGGUGUCGCCGAGAUCAUCUGCCCCAAAAAUGGCAGCGAGCGAGUGAACGUGGCCUUGGUCUAUCCCCCGACGCCCACCGUGAUCAGCCCCUGUUCCAAGAAGAAUGUUGGCGAAAAGCACAGAAAUCAGUAAUGGCAGGUGGGGCUAUGGCGUGUCCCAAAGAGGAAGACAGCACCAAAGCCUCCUGGGCAGGCUUGACUGGCCACUAGGGCAUGGAGCCUUUGCUGGCCUCCCAGCAUGGACCGGUGGGGAAGGUACUUCCAGGGAAUGGAGCUAACAGCCCGGAGCCCUUGGAAAUAGAGCUGGGAGGAAGGGGACUGGGGAGAGAGAGAAGGAGGAAGAAA